AUGAUGAAGAAGAGCUGGACUGCAGCUGGAAUACAAAAGCCAGGGCACACCCAACCUUUCUCAUAGACUGUGCCAGUGGGAAGCCUUUCUCUCUGCCUAAGCCAUCCCCAGCCCGUCCCCAAAGCCCCCACUCAAGACCUAGUCAUCCUCAGAUGGAAACCUACAUCUUGUUCUGCUGGGACCCACCCAGUCCUCCUCAGGAGGUCUCCCAAGAUGGAGAAGUUGUGGCAGAACCCAACAAACAGCUCAUCGAGGGCCCCCAGGACCCGGCUCCUAGUCCAGUCAGGCGGCCCACAUCCAAGGACAAGCUUAUGUCCGUGGUAUUGUCCUCCAUGCCCUUCUUGCCCACAAAAGCUUGGAUCUCAGUCAAGACCUCCCUGAGAGCACUCUAUUCCUGUAUCUGUGGGCAAGAGGAUUAA